UUGCAUUAUCGCGACCGUAUGGAGUAGUGCUGGCAAUCAUGCGACAUCUAGCGGCACGACUGAGAAACACACGAAAAACCGUGAAGAGGCCUCGCGCGCCAAGAACUAAAAACCCAAGUAUAUAUACUCGUUGACUCCACCGGUGAGCACGAGAAAUACUUGCAGUAUACCUGAUUUCACUGUGUGGUGCAUUUGAGCGCAAAUUGCUGGUUUAAAUUGUGCUCUCAAAUUAACGAACUCAACGAGCAAGUGUGGAUACGGUGUAUGUAUAUCAAGGACAAGAAGAAAUCAUGAUUAUAACCUAAAAUGUAUUCAACAUUCAUUUGCUCGCCAUAAUAACGAUAAAGUCGAGAGAUCUCAACAUAGAAUUAAUCAUGCCUAAAAGAAUUGCAACAUCAGAAUUGAAUCAUGACAAUUGGAAUGAAGAAGAAGCUCCAGAAGAAGCUGGGACAUUUCAGAAAGCUGCCCCUGACGUUAUUGAGAAACGUAUUAUAAGGAAUGCUAGACGGCGAGUAGUGGGGGGUUCUGGAUCAGGAUCUGCUCCAAGUGUGUUUGCAGGAUUUCAAGGAUUUGGUAAAACUACUGAAAAUCCUGGUGUUUUUAAUUUCUUGAAAAAAAGUAAUGCUACAUCUGAGAACACAGGUGUACAAUCAAAAGUUGAACCUUCAAGUCACACACCUAUGUUCAAACAACCUGUUAAGGAAGUUCCUGUUAGUGAACAAGAUCCUCUUCAACCAUCACCUCCUUUUACAGUAUCGUAUUUAGGUGCAAUUAAAAAACUUAAUGAGUGUUUUAUUAAACACAUUCAAACCUGUUUUGAAGAGAAACAAUUUAUUAUAUUGUCUCCAUGUUUUCGAGACUAUGAACAACAUUUGAAGAGUAUUCUUCCUCUAAAUGACUCUAAUAAUAAUAAGGGUGAGGGAGAAAAUAAAGUACUUCAAGAGAAUACAGAACCUUCUUCAAAAAAAGAUCAUGAAGAUGAGACAUCUUCUAAUGUCUUUAGUGCAAAGAAAACAAAUUUUUCUAGUAGUGCCAAUGCUGAAGUAACUCCAGGAUCUGGCUUCAAAUUUUUUGUUAGUGAUGGAAAUAAAUCAUUGCCUAAUUCAAAUGCUGUCACACCUGGUACCAUCCCGUCCUUAAGUGCUUCUGCAAAGAAGCAAUUUCCGUGGUCAGGAGGAUGGGGUUCAAAUUCUCCCAGUCAACUAGUAACCAGUGAGCCGACAAAUGAAAGCCCCAAAGGGGAAUCAGCUGGUGCAAGUGAAGAACCUACAGAUGAGAGUGAUGUGCCUCCUAAAGUUGAAUUUAAACAAGUUGUGGAAGAUGGUGCAAUAUAUUCAAGAAGGUGUAAAGUUUUUGUGAAAACAGAUGCUAACUAUCAUGAUCAUGGAGUUGGUAUGCUGUUUCUGAAGCCGGUGGAAUCUGGGAAGAAAACUCAACUCAUUGUUCGAGCUGACACAAGUUUGGGAAACCUUCUUUUGAACACCUUACUAAGUGCUGAUAUGACUAUGCAAAGAAUGGGGAACAAUAAUGUAAUGCUUAUUUGUUUGCCAACGCCGGAAUUCAAAACUGACAAACCACUUCCAGUAUUGUUGAGAGUUAAAACUAGUGAAGAUGCUGAUGAACUAUUACAGAAGUUGAAAGAAUUCAAGAAAUAGCCUGAAGCUACAGGGGUCAAAUAAAGACAAAGCUAGCAAUCUGCAUGGAAUUUUGCAAUUGUAAUAAUACAGUUGAAUGUCACACUGUUUGUAACAGUGAAAUGGUGGAUAAUAAAAAUCUGUUGCCAACUUUUAUCAAUGUGUUAGUGUUUUUCUUACCCAACUGUUUUUUAAACUUUUAAAGUAAUUAAUACUUACCGAGCAUAUGAGGCUCAAUAUGAGUUGCUUAUGGCAGUUUAGCAUUUAUUUGUGUUUAUUGUUUAGAGGGUCCUUCCGCAAAUCAGAAACUAACACUUUUGCAAUUGUACGCAAUUCGUACUGCAAUUCUGAUUUACUUAUAAUUAUUCCGUAAAGGGACCUAAUUGUCGCAAUUCUCUUCUCGUUGCUAAAUUUAUUUCUAUUAGGUUCACGGCCAGGAGAUUCUUUUUUAUAUAUUUACUUAUUUAUUUGAGAACAAAUGGUCUAUUGUUUUAUUUUAUUCAUAUAUACUUUAAAUUCUUCUUUCCACACACCCUAUGUUUGUACACUAUCAAAAGGUUAUUGAUUCAAUUUGGUCUUGUUAUUGCUGAAAUUCAUCUUUGUGAAAUAAAUAUUGAUUGUUAACU